AUGGUGUGCGCUGGCACCGAGAACAAGCUGAGCUCCCUGUCCGACCUGGAGCAGCAGUACCGGGCGCUGCGCAAGUACUACGAGAACUGCGAGGUGGUGAUGGGCAACCUGGAAAUCACCAGCAUCGAGCACAACAGAGACCUCUCCUUCCUGCGGUCCAUCAGAGAAGUGACGGGCUACGUGCUGGUGGCGUUGAACCAGUUUGAGUACCUGCCCCUGGAGAACCUGCGCAUCGUUCGGGGGACCAAACUCUACGAGGACAGAUACGCCCUGGCCAUAUUCCUCAACUACAGGAAGGACGGCAACUUCGGACUCAGGGAACUCGGCUUGAAGAACUUGACUGAAAUCCUGAAUGGCGGCGUGUACGUCGGCCAGAACAAAUUCCUGUGCUUCGCAGACACCAUCCACUGGCAGGACAUCGUGCGGAACCCCUGGGCCUCCAACUUCACCUUGGUCCCAAUGAACGGCAGCUCGGGCUGCGGCCGAUGCCACAAGUCAUGCACUGGACGAUGCUGGGGACCCACGGAAAAUCACUGCCAGACCUUAACGAAGACAGUGUGUGCGGAGCAGUGCGACGGCCGGUGCUACGGGCCCUACGUCAGUGACUGCUGCCACCGGGAAUGCGCUGGAGGCUGCUCCGGGCCUAAAGACACCGAUUGCUUUGCCUGCAUGAAUUUCAACGACAGCGGAGCAUGUGUCACCCAGUGUCCCCAGACGUUCGUGUACAAUCCCACCACCUUCCAGCUGGAGCACAACCACAAUGCCAAGUACACCUACGGAGCCUUCUGUGUCAAGAAGUGCCCACACAACUUCGUGGUAGAUUCAAGCUCUUGUGUUCGUGCCUGUCCAAGCUCCAAGAUGGAGGUUGAAGAAAAUGGUAUAAAGAUGUGCAAGCCCUGCACUGACAUCUGCCCUAAAGCUUGUGAUGGCAUUGGCACAGGAAGUUUGGUGUCAGCCCAGACGGUGGAUUCCAGCAACAUUGACAAGUUCAUAAACUGCACCAAGAUCAAUGGCAACCUUAUCUUUCUCGUUACUGGCAUUCACGGGGACCCGUAUCACACAAUUGCUGCAAUCAAUCCAGAGAAAUUAAAUAUCUUCCAAACAGUGAGAGAGAUAACAGGGUAUUUGAACAUACAGUCAUGGCCUGAGAAUAUGACAGAUUUCAGAGUGUUUUCAAACCUGGUAACUAUUGGAGGAAGAGCUCUGUAUAGCGGCCUGUCUUUGCUCAUCCUAAAGCAGCAAGGCAUUACCUCUUUGCAGUUUCAGUCCCUGAAGCAAAUCAGUGCUGGCAACAUCUACAUAACCGACAACAGCAAUUUGUGUUACUACCACACUGUCAACUGGACCAGCCUCUUCAGCACGCCCAGUCAGAAGACGGUGAUUCAUCGGAAUAAAAAAGCGGAGAACUGCACUGCCGAUGGGAUGGUGUGUAACGAGCUGUGCUCGAGCGACGGCUGCUGGGGCCCGGGGCCCGACCAGUGCCUCUCCUGCAAGCGCUUCAUCAGGGGCAGGACCUGCAUAGACUCCUGCAACCUCUACGACGGGGAAUUUCGAGAGUUUGCGAAUGGUUCUGUCUGCGUGGAGUGUGAUCCCCAGUGUGAAAAGAUGGAAGAUAAUAUGAUCACGUGCUAUGGGCCGGGGCCCGACCACUGCACAAAGUGCUUUCAUUUCAAGGAUGGUCCAAAUUGUGUGGAAAAAUGCCCUGAUGGCUUGCAGGGAGCAAACAGCUUCAUUUUCAAGUAUGCCGAUGAGGAUCGCGAGUGCCAUCCUUGUCACCCAAACUGCACCCAAGGGUGCAUAGGUCCACGUCUCGAGGACUGCAUCGGCCUCAUGGAUAGGUGUAGAGGUCCCGCUAGUCAUGACUGCAUUUACUAUCCAUGGACACGCCAGUCCACUUUACCACAACAUGCUAGAACUCCUCUGAUUGCGGCAGGAGUUAUUGGUGGCCUCUUCAUCAUCGUCAUCCUGGGCCUGACGUUUGCUGUGUACGUUCGGCGCAAGAGCAUUAAAAAGAAGAGGGCCUUGCGAAGGUUCCUGGAGACCGAGCUCGUGGAACCCUUGACCCCAAGCGGCACAGCACCCAACCAAGCACAGCUUCGUAUCUUGAAGGAAACGGAGCUAAAACGCGUCAAGGUUCUUGGCUCUGGAGCCUUUGGAACAGUGUACAAGGGUAUUUGGGUCCCUGAGGGAGAAACUGUAAAGAUUCCUGUGGCCAUUAAGAUCCUCAAUGAGACCACUGGUCCCAAAGCCAAUGUGGAAUUUAUGGACGAAGCCCUUAUCAUGGCCAGCAUGGACCACCCGCACCUGGUGAGACUCCUUGGUGUCUGCUUGAGCCCAACCAUUCAGCUGGUCACGCAGCUGAUGCCCCAUGGCUGCCUGUUGGAUUACGUUCAUGAGCAUAAGGAUAAUAUUGGCUCCCAACUUCUGCUGAACUGGUGUGUCCAAAUAGCCAAGGGAAUGAUGUACCUGGAAGAGAGGAGACUUGUUCACCGGGACUUGGCAGCCCGCAAUGUCCUGGUGAAAUCCCCAAACCACGUAAAGAUCACUGACUUCGGCCUGGCCAGGCUUUUGGAAGGAGAUGAGAAGGAAUACAAUGCUGAUGGAGGCAAGAUGCCAAUUAAGUGGAUGGCUCUGGAGUGCAUACACUACAGGAAAUUUACCCAUCAGAGUGAUGUUUGGAGCUACGGGGUCACCAUCUGGGAACUGAUGACUUUUGGUGGAAAGCCAUACGACGGAAUCCCGACUCGCGAGAUUCCCGACCUCUUGGAGAAGGGCGAGCGGUUGCCCCAGCCUCCGAUCUGCACCAUUGAUGUUUAUAUGGUGAUGGUGAAAUGCUGGAUGAUUGAUGCCGACAGUCGGCCUAAGUUCAAGGAGCUGGCAGCUGAAUUUUCUAGAAUGGCACGAGACCCCCAAAGAUACCUGGUUAUUCAGGGAGACGAUCGUAUGAAGCUCCCAAGUCCAAACGACAGCAAGUUCUUCCAAAACCUUCUUGAUGAAGAAGACCUGGAAGAUAUGAUGGAUGCUGAAGAGUAUCUUGUUCCUCAAGCCUUCAACAUUCCUCCUCCCAUCUACACUUCUAGGACAAGAAUUGAUUCCAACAGGGUAAGAGCGAGUUCUGAUAGAAAAUGCCGGUUAUUACAAAAGCACAGAUAGCAAUUUACCUACACUGAUCCAACACAGGCCCGAGCUGCCUUGUGUCUUGUGGCCUGUGCUCUGGUUUUGCAAGGAGCAGUCACAGAAGUGUUUGGAGAAGAGGCCUGCUGCAACGGCACCCUGCGCAAGCCGGCGCGCGCCCGCGACGACGGCAGCGCCCAGCGCUACAGCGCUGACCCCACCGCCCUGGCGCCCGAGCGCGCCGCCCGCGCACACCUCGCCGACGACGGAUACAUGACGCCCAUGCGGGACAAGGCCAAGACAGAUUACCUGAACCCCGUGGAAGAGAACCCCUUCGUCUCCCGGCGGAAGAAUGGAGAUCUCCAAGCUGUGGACAACCCCGAGUACCACAACGCUCCGAACGGGCAGCCCAAAGCGGAGGACGAGUACGUGAACGAGCCCCUGUACCUCAACACGUUUGCAAACACCCUGGAAAACGCCGAGUACCUGAAGAGCAACCUGCCAGAGAAAGCCAAGAAGGCCUUUGACAACCCCGACUACUGGAACCACAGCCUGCCCCCGCGCAGCACCCUCCAGCACCCGGACUACCUGCAAGAGUACAGCACAAAAUACUUUUACAAGCAGAACGGGCGCAUCCGGCCCGUGGUGGCGGAGAAUCCCGAAUACCUCUCCGAGUUCUCCCUGAAGCCUGGCACUGUGCUGCCCCCGCCGCCCUACAGACACCGGAACACGGUGGUGUAGGAGCGCGCCGCGGCCGCCCCUUCCAGCCGCCGCGCUCCUGCUCUCUGCCCCCGUCCCCUUCUUCCUCCCGUGAGCUUCCUCUUCUCGCCCCUCCGCUCAUUUUUGAUAUUUCCAAGUGAAAGGAUGGCUUGGAGUCAUUUGCAGAUUGGGUUGGCAACCUGGAAGGAAGGAAGGGAAGAGGCCGAAAGGAGGAGGUGCAACUUGGCCUUUCUCACUCGCCGCAGAUCCGGCGGGUCCGACGAUCCCAGUGGAGCCAGUCGGGACAGUGUUGCCUGCUGUGGAGCAGGGCCCAGUGAUCCAGCCCGACGCUGCCGGGAGGUCACGCAGAGCCUCUUUCUUUCGGCAGGAGCUCGUGAGAGUCUGUUCAGCAUUCCUGGAAAUCUUGAUGCAGUUUCCAAUGGGAGGGAAAAACAUGGACAAUUUUUAUAUCACGUGGGUAACGUAAUAAUUGAGAUUGAGAAUCCAGUUCCUUUCUCUAACACUUUCUACCCCAGCACCUGAAAAUGGCUAACCUGGCUUUUCAUAAUCAUUCAGAUCCUCAUUGUGGCCUUCCAAGAAAUUAUGAUGUGACUCUAAUAUCUGGCUAACCCCUCACUCUGAGCCACACCAUGAUUUUGUGCCACCUCCUAACAACAGAGACUUUAACUCAAAACAUGGGUGCAUGACAUGACCAUUUUUGUACACGCAUCAAUACGACAAAUACUUUGAACAUACAAGUCCUUUCAGAAAAAGUUAACAAAAACACACCUCCAACGUGCUCUUUUUGAAGCUACAAGGCCAAGAAACCA